CAACCACCCGAUAUGCUGAUCAAUUCGACCCCACAUGGGCAGUUGAUUAGCAUGGGUUCCACUACCCCUCCAUCCAUCUGAUCCAUGACUCGCCAUAAUUGCGCAUACAUUAUUACAUAGGAAGCUCUCAACUUCGUACAUAUAAACAUCUAUUAGAUGUAUUAGCUACAUAGCGCUACUUGUAACGUAUUUGUUCUUUGGAAAUUGGUGCUACAUCAACAACACAAGUUGAAUAUUUCAAGUUAUCACCCAGAAUGAGUGCACCAUUGGAGACACAAUUGUUGAUUAACAACAAGCUCGUCCCGGCCUCCGACGGCGGACAGUUCGAGCUCUUCUCUCCUCAUACAGGAGAGGUGGUCGCAAAAGUUGCGGAAGCCACUCGGGAGGACGUCGACACAGCCGUAGCAGCCGCGCUCGCGGCCUUCCCAUCAUGGAGCUCUCUAUCGCCCGCCGAGCGCGGAAAACCGCUGAAGAAGAUGGCCGAGCUCGUUGUCUCUGAAAAGGGCUCUCUCGCCCAGCUCGAUGCCCUCGCCAUGGGUAGACCCGUAAGCACCUACUUCGACUCAAACUAUGCGGCCACGCACUUCAACUAUUUCGCCGAGGCCGCGUACCCCCAGGGUCACACCAGCUUGAACACUCCCGGAUUCCUUAACAUGAGUCUUCGGCAACCAUUCGGCGUCGUCGCGAUCAUCAUCCCCUGGAACGCUCCGUUGGUUUUUUUUUCCAAGAAGGUUGCUCCCGCUGUCGCUGCAGGAAACUGUGUGGUCGUAAAGAGCAGUGAGAAGGCGCCGUUGUCGCCGUGGAAAGUGUCCCUGUGGAUUGAGAAGUGCGGGUUUCCUCCCGGUGUGAUCAAUGUCCUCUCUGGUCAUGGCAAUGUUGCCGGAGCUGCUCUGUCCGAACACAUGAAGGUUAGGGCACUUUCAUUCACGGGUUCAACGCGCACGGGAAGGGCUAUCCAGAUAGCGUCCGCGAAGAGCAAUUUGAAGAAAGUUGUCUUCGAGCUGGGAGGGAAGUCUCCCGCCCUCGUGUUCGAAGAUGCGGAUAUCGAGCGGGCUGCGAAGGAGACCGAAAACAGCAUAAAUUGGAAUUCGGGUCAGACAUGUAUGGCAAACAGCCGCAUAUAUGUGCAAGAGAGCAUCAAGGAUAAAUUCUUAGAAGCAUUCACAAGAUUCGCGAAAACGAGAAGGCUAGGCGACCCUACAAAUCCGGAUGUGAACCACGGGCCGCAGGCAGAUAAGACACAGCUUGAGACGGUAAAGAGAUAUAUCGCGCUGGGCAAAGACGAGGCAGGAACAACAAUUGACACGGGCAGUUCGUCUGAAAAGAAUGAUAGCAAAUCGCUCCUUGUCUCCCCGGUUAUCUUCGCCAACGUACCUGAAGACUCGCGCUUGACCAAGGAGGAAGUUUUCGGCCCCGUCGUCGUUAUAAACACAUUUAUCGACGAGGCGGAAGCAAUUGCGAAAGCUAACGAUACUGAAUUCGGGCUCUACGCAGCGCUCUACACAAAGGACUUGGAACGUGCUGUCAGGGUGGGGAAGAAACUGGAAAGCGGUAUGGUGGGCAUCAAUUGCACCUCACCAACUGGAUGCUGGGACCUGCCGUUUGGAGGGUGGAAGGGUAGUGGAACGGGACGGGAGAGCUUGUUGGACAGUAUGGAGCAUUAUCUGGAGGUCAAGAGCUUAUAUGUCAGGGCACCUGGUAUUGGCGGCAUUGUUUAGUCCCUACUACAUUUGAUCUGUAGUUCACAGAUUGGCGAAUUAAUCGUCUUCCCACAACAUCGUAGCUUACUCUCGCUAAUCGUGGGAUAUUGUGAAGCGAGUUCAUUGUCGAUGAGUCGAUGACCCCAAGACCUGGAAAU